AUAUUGGUAUUUUGACGACUCCCUGAUACACGUCAAUGCCAAUGGGCCAUGUAGUUCAAAACAGAAAACGCAUCCUAGUCCAUGGUAGUCUGUACUGCUUCUUGUGCUGUCUGAUCUGUUGAACCUAGCAGUGUUUUAUUCCAAUCAAGAAUAGCUCAAAUUUGCCAUUUUUAUGUGCUACACUGAGCUCCAAGUCCAGGCAGGAUAAAUUGGAGGACCUGAACGCUCGUAGAAUGGAAGACCUGAAGUGCACCAAGGAAAAUGUAAACAAUUGCGCUUUCUCCUCUUGGUAUUCGACAUUCAAAUCCCAUACUAUUCGAAGUCUGAUAAUUCCACUGGCUAGCGAGGACGUGGACUAUCUGAGAGCCGAUGGACUGGUGAUGCCGGAAGGCUGUGAUGCACCCGUGUAUGCAGGUGAAGACAGGUCAGAUGAUGAUUCCGAUAAUGAGAAAUGGGAGCAUGAUGAAUCGUACGACACUGCUGCUGCACCAAAGUUGCCGAAUUUAGUAAACAACAUCAAGCGCUCAAUCUCAUCUCUGGGCGGCGAGGUUUUCCCCAAGUGUAGCUGGUCAGCACCGAGGGAUGCCCAGUGGAUGUCGUUUAAUGGCACACUGCGCUGUCAGACAGCCUACGAUGUGUUCCUGUUGUUGAAGACGUCCGACUUUGUUACACACGACCUCACACAGCCGUACAAGGACUGUUCGGACAGUGAUGAUGUCGACGAGGUGGCUGGCUCUUAUGAGCUUGUACUGCGAAAAUGGCGGACGGUGAUCCCGGGGAUGGAGUUUCGCUGUUUCGUCAAGAGCCACACGCUUGUCGGCGCUUGCCAGCGUGAUGCUUCAGCUUUCUACGAGCACUUGCGUGAGCAGCACAAGACGAAAGACAGCAGCGACGGUGACUAUCCGGCGUUCGUUGAGCACUUGCGUGGUGACCUGACCAGCGAAAUCCAACAGUUCUUCCAGCAGAACAUCAGCGGCAAGUUCCCUGACCCAGAUUAUGUCGUGGACAUAUACCGGCGUGCUGAGAACACUUUCUGGGUGAUUGACUUCAACCCGUUCUCUCCAACCACCGACAGUCUGCUCUUCACCUGGGAUGAGCUGGCCAGGUUGAAACCUUGCGAUGACGACGACGACAACGACGAUGACAGUUCCAGCGAGCUUGUGAAUCCAGAUGAUGAGCCACCAGCCGCUGCUGAAGCAGCACCCACAGCCAGCAGCUCUUCACCAUUUGAGUUCCGCAUCAACUCAAGCCAGGGGCUCCAGCCAUCACCCUUCCUGAGUAAUCGUCUUCCAAAGGAUAUCAUUGACCUCUCAAGUGGGGAGGACAUCAACAAGUUUGUGGAUCUCUUCGAGACGAGUAACCUUGGAGGAUCGCACGGCGAAGGCUGAAAGGAACGGACAGAUUUUCUUGUCCACUGCCUUCUCAGUAGGGACGGCCCCAAGUACACAGAGUCGACGUGUUAGCGGACUUAAAUAGCUAGCGGCCACUGAAGUAUUGACAAGAUUAAUUACAGGAGGCUCUUGACAAGCCAACAAGUGGAGUUAAAUAACUUGACUGGCGUAGCCAACAGUGGCUGAGUUCUAACAGGCAUGGUUGCAGAGUCUCUGCGCUCUUGACAGUCCAGCAUGAAGUGAGCUUGCAUACCGUUGUUAGUCUUCUUCGGCACUGCGUUUACAAGAACAUUUAGUGCAUCCGAUUGGAAAUGGCUCAUUCUGUAUCAGACAAUCACAAGAUUGUGCUAGCCUGACAAUACAUGGCCUGCUGUAAGUUUGAAUCACAGCAGAUGUCCACACUUGCAUAUAACAUCACUACAAAACUCUCCCAGUUGACACUGGAUUGUGCUACACACAGUAUUCUCAGCAUGAAAUACCACACUGGAAAAAGUGUUAGGAUUCUCUCAAAUGGAAAGAAACAUAAAAAAUGAUUUGUUAUGCUCAAGUUUUUAAAAAAUCGUCAUUAUUUUCAUUUUCAUUCAUGUUUUUUAAGAGAAUAUUUUCCAAAAAUGACUCAUGCUCUACCUAAUGAUGUCCAGUGUGUAUGUAUAUGUGUGCAGAUAGCAUGGAGGAGUGUUCUAUUCUGUGACUGAGUUGAUAGAUUUCUAAUGAAAAAAACAACAUCUACUAGUUGUCUA